AUGGCGAGUCAGACGACAGGAAUCCAACAGCUUCUCGGGGCAGAAAAACGAGCUGCUGAAAAAGUAGCGGAAGCUAGGAAGCGCAAAGCCCGUCGUUUGAAGCAGGCUAAGGAAGAAGCUCAGGCUGAGAUUGACGCUUACAAAGCUCAGCGAGAAAAGCAGUACAGGGAACAUGAAAACUCUAUUCUUGGAUCUCGCGGUGAUAUGGAGGCACAGAUUGACAAAACCACCAGACGUAAGAUAGAUGAAUUGAACUCAAAUGUAAAGAAGCACCAAGAUGCAGCCCUCAGUCAACUGUUGAAACUGGUAUAUGACAUCAAUCCAGAGCUACAUCAGAACUACAGAAUGUAGUUGAGAAUGAUCACUUGAACUACAUGUAGGCCCGUAUACCUGAU